CUGCCUUCCCGGUGACCAUCCUUCUGUCUGAAGCUAUGCGUACCUUCCACAUCUUCGACAAGCCGUUCCUUCUUCAUGGAACAAGACUCAUACCAGUACAAAUAGAUCCCCCCCGUUCGAUCCCCUCUUGGUCUUUUUUUCUUCCCUUUUCUCCCAAACGCAUUACGCUUCGUCAACCAGUGACCCUUUACAAGGAACCACAAUACCAAGCCUUUUGACGUUUACCUUCCUUCCUUCCUCUCGUCGCCACCAAUGAUCCAUCAUUGUGGCAUUGCCCGACCGGAGCACCAGGCCCCUGGUUGCGCAGUCCGGUCAUACAAUCGUUAUUAUGCCAGACCGGCUGCCUACCUGGAGUUUCUGAUGACUUCACCUUCCUUUUUGUCGGCCACCACCCCGGUCGACGUCCAUUCUUUUCCGGCGCCUUUGCGCCAGUCUGUCUCUCCUCUGGCCGCCGCGGCUGCUGCCGCCCCGGCCCCAGUCGCACCCAUCGACUGCCUCCCUCCGGCGCCUUUGCGCCUGCCUGUCUCUACCGCCUCGCCCUCCCGACUUCCGGUGCUUCGGCACCUGCCUGUCUCUUCUUCGGGAGCCUCCUCCCCGUCCCUCCUUCCGGUGCCUCGGCGCCUUCCAGUCUCUACCUCGUCCUCCCCUCCGGCCAUGCCUCACCGUGCGCAGGUGACGCAGGCCAGCCGCCAACGCCGCCGGGACCCCGUCCCCCACACUCCUUCGCGGAUCCGCCGUGACCGCCGCCCUCAGCCUCCCACCGGGGGAGGCUGCCACUCGUUAAUCCCCGGCCGCCAGCCAUUCGUUCCACCACACCGGGUGGUAGGGCCUCUUCGGCCUAUCCUUGGCGCCAGCGCGGGCGUCAAGCCGAAGAGGUGUGUCCACUUCGGUGAGGUUUCGGUCGUCGAAAUCGAUCGGUGGGUUGAUACCCGCAUCCAUAUAUUUAGCGGGUGGUAAGUUUUGGAGUUGGGUCAGGAUUUCCUCGUCUCUCAUUAAAGCACCCCCUCCCUACUACCCUGCAUAUGCACCUUCGUUUGUAACCCUCUUAGGACCUUCGGGUCAGCCACUCGUUGAUUUUCCUUUGUCAGCUUGUUGUUGCCUGGGGGGUGGCCACUAUGGGUGGAUAGUGGCCAUACUCCCGGGCCGGCUAACCUGGCCACAGGCCCGGAGUCGUGUGUGAUGUCCUGCCGUGGUAUUGGUGGUGCCAUCAGUUGCAAUUAUGGGUGAGUUGAUCGGUGCCUUGCUGGAUGACGUCGCCUUGGCUAACACACCAUGCGCAG